AUGGCCAGUCCUCCACUUUUUACAGCCAUAUCUACAUCAGCAAGGCAAUUACAUGUUCUUCUUCGUUGCAUUGCAUUCUCUCCACGAGCCGAGGUACAAAUCACACGUUCUGGCAUUCGCUUUUCGGUCGAAGAAGCUAGAGUGCUACAAGGCCUUACGUUCCUCGACAAGGUUCUAUUCUCCACGUAUCAAUUAAAGGUAGACGAUGAGCAGGAUACUAUUCCCACGUUUUCAAUCUCGAUAGUGGCUUUACUAGAAACACUUCAAAUCUUUGGUAUUUCUGACUCAAGCUCCUCGUCUCGCAACCCAAACGGCGGAUUUUCGUCAUCCUAUGGAAAUGCUUUCAAUGCGCCUUCUCUGGCUUUAGCUGGUACUUGCCGUAUCACAUACCAAGAAGCAGGAGCACCGCUCACUAUCACCAUUCAAGAAGGAUCUGUAACAACCACGUGCGAAAUGAACACCUAUGAAGUUCAUGGAGAAUAUCAUGACGACGGAGGGAUCCCCUUGGACAGGGAGAGACUGUGUCUGAAAGCAAUUAUGAGAAGUACUUGGUUACAUGACGCCAUUAAUGAACUAUCGGGGACAAACCCUUCAGCCCUUGUACUGAAUGCUUCCAAUCGUACAGCCCCAUAUUUUUCAUUCGAGGGAGAGGGUGGACCGUUUGGCGACAGUACUGUGGAUUUCUUACCAGAAACAAAGAAUGAGCCCACUCCCAGCGGGCUUCGAGGGAGGAAACAACCACUAGUCGCCGAGAACUUUGUGGUGGCUCCACCUUCUGGUACUCAUGGCAGAGUCAGACAGCGUUACAAGUUCGAAAUGAUCAAGCGUGCUGGAAGAGCUAUGGCAUUGGCAUCCAAGGUCAGCCUCCGACAAGAUCAACAGGGGGUACUCAGUUUACAAUUCAUGAUUGAUUUGGGCGAUGGUGCUGCUACCAUGGGUGGUGGACGACGUGGUGAUGUUGAUGGAAAUAUUGGUGCACCUCCAACACCAGGGAGCGUGGCUUUUGUUGACUUUCGAUUUGUGCCUCUGGUCGGCGAUGAGGACGACUCUGCCAGCGAAGUUGAAAGUGGUGAUGGGCUUCAUGCAGAUGAUGACUUCGAAGCUCUCAACUAG